AUGCCUAUCACCGGCGUCUACUUCAUCCCCUCAAACCCCAAUUCCUCAACAGCCCUCAGUACAGUAACGGAGCGCCUCCGCGCCGCCUUCCCAGAUGAAGACAUCGCUCCAAUCGGCCGCUGGGCCCUGGAGCAAAAGCUCCUCCGCGACACCCUAGGCCUCCUCCCCGCCUCCUCAACCAACAAGAAACCCCCAAACCCGCGCUACAUGCAGUUCCUUUCAUUAAGCCACUACCCCACCCACGGUUUCAUCUACACCUCUGAGCCAGCAGACAAACCACCAGCACCAAACCAAACCCCAACAGGCCCGGUAAACGGUAUCGCGCCGGAUCACUCCCCGGCCCCACCAAUGGUCAUGACUACCAUCCCCCCUGCUUCCUACGGCACCCUAUUCCAGCAUUUUACUUACGCCUGCCAGCCGUUUUGGAGUCAUAGGUUCACGCUCGCUGUGCCGAAUGGGGUCGUCUAUGAUGUUGGCGAUUUCCGCGUGCGGCUUGGCGAUGUGCGUCAGACGGUCCCGACGGCGCGGGUGCGUGGUACGCUGGUUGAGAUUGAGUGGCGGGGGCCGUCGGUUGUGGAGGCGAUUCCUGUUGCUAGGGAAGAUGGGUCGUUUGGGAGUGUAGCUGGAGCGGGGGGUAUUGAUCUGGAAGCUGACUCUGGCAUUGAUAUCUCUGCUGCCGAUAUUGAGGAGUCGGAUAUCGAUGCUGAGUAUACGGCGACUGCGUCGUUGAUUCGGGAGUUUUGGGCUAGGCUGGGUAUGGAGGGCCGAGAGGCUAUUCUCAUUCCUGGUGUUGGAAGCGAGGUUAAAGAGCGGUUGAGGCGGUGGAAGAAGGCUGGUUCUAGGACUGAUAUCGGAAGAGAUGAUGCAGAGGGAGAGCCUGAUCCGUGGUCUGGGGCGGACGUUGCGAGGCAGUUUAUGGAGGUCUUGAGAUUUAAUCGAUAG